AAGAUAAUUCCUAGAAAUGCGGCGUCUGCUAGAGCACUGACAGUGCGUUGUUAUCAUAAAGAGUGUAUUUUAAUCUAAUCAGUACUAAAAACUUAAGCAUUAAUCUGUAAUAUGAAAUUGAUAACCAAUUUAUAAAUAAUGUACGCCUUCGAUGUUUCGCUGUCAGCAACUUGUUCUAACUAUUGCGUUAAAUUUAUUACGAUUAAUUAUAUCACGGAAGGUAUCUAACCUAUGUACGAUGUUUCUAACGUAAAGUAUCAGUGUGAUUGUCAUCUAAAACCUGCAAAACCAUCUGAUUAAAUGAUGAGAGAUGCGUACCAGAGGCCUGCUAUUGUUCCUUAUCUGCAUAGCAGGGAGCAGUAUUAUAUUCAUUGCUUUCAGCAGUCAACGACCCUCCAUUCAGACUCUGGUUACAGAGACUCACAAGCAGCUACGUAACUUCCAAGAAAAUUUAAAAGAUGUUGAGGAGAAACGCUUGGUAACAGACUCUAAAUAUCUUGCGAUGCUUGGUUUAGAUGGGCAAACAAGCACAACACCGUAUAGUCUUAAAUCACAAAAUGUGACUGUUAUUUCUCUCAUAAGGCCAGGAAACGAGCAGCAUAUUUACGGCUUUGUUAGAAAUGUCAGCCACUUUUUGCCAAAUAAUAAUAUUGUCAUUUAUAGCGUUGGAUUAAAUGAUGAUUCUUUGCAAAAUAUUAGAGCAACUUGUAACUCCACAAAGUGUAACGUGACUCAAUUUGACACGAGCCCAUUUCCUACACACGUCGAAGACGAUAGACUGCAUGUUUAUAGACCUCUAGUUAUUCAGACAGCUUUAAACACAUUAGGAAACAUAUUAUAUAUGGAUUCGAAUGUGCGUUUGAAUUCGUCAGACAUUUUAAAGUACCUCUCACCGAAAUCUGGGAUUUUAACUUGGCCUACAAGGCACGCCAUUAGCUCCUUGACGCAUCCAAAGAUGUAUGAAUAUUUUCACGUUUCUGCUGAAAGUUUUUUCUUUCUCCCUUUAAUAAGAGCAUCACACUUAGUUAUUAGGAAUGUUAAAGAGAUUAGAGAGAAUGUAAUGUUGCCAUGGGUUCAAUGCGCCCUAACAAGAGAUUGCAUUUGUCCCAUUGGUGCUCAAUCGGCAGGUUGUCGAUUUAAUAAAAAACCACAAUAUCGGUACUCCGGUUGCCACGCAUACGACACUUCUGCACUGAAUAUCGUGCUCGGAAUGCACUUUAAUUUUGACGACACGUAUUACGUCCAUCAGGAGCGCGAAACGUAUUUCAAUAAGGUUCUACCCGAGGAAAUCACAGAAGAAUAUCUGAUGACCGCCAGACAGAACAAUGCAACCGAAUCGAACUUAAGGAACUUCAUAUCAACUGAACGCUAAUUCCUGUAUGAUCUCGAUUCAUUUUGAAUCGAGAUUCAAGUGAUACGUCGAACAAGCACAAGUUAAUAUAAGGGUACAUAAUAAGUUUAAAGAAAAAAAAAACAAAUAAAGACUUUAGCUUAAAUAAAUAA